AAUCGGUGCUAUUUCGACAUUUCCGUGCUAAGUGUUGUGUGAUGCCAGGAACUGGCUGCAUAUAUUGCAAAUCGCGCUGCAACGGAUGCAGGUUUUAGGCCAAUUUUGGGUCGGAUUCCAGCUUUGGGAUUCUUAGUUUUUUGUGCACGCUACGCGUCCUAGUUUAUCCGGACAUUUCCCGAUAGUUCAUCACGUAACCCACUUUCGAUUUACUAUUCUUCUGCAGAAGGAAGAGUACUUGAGCUUUCCUAUUCAAUACCGUUGAGAACAAUGUAGGGGGUGGUAACCGAAAGCUUAUUCUUAAGGGUGAGCCCACAAUAUACAAUUUUCGAGGGGCGACGCUCCUUCGCGUUUUUACGGUCCAACGCUAACUCUUUGGAGUGUCAAGACUUUGCAAGGAUGCGGCUAGAUUCCAUGUGGGGUGGAAUGGGCAAGGAUAGACACAACACACCGUAGUAGUUAAUGCAGUUGUGUAUCCUUGUUGGUGUACAUCCGAGUGGCGAUGGUGUUCGUGCGUCGUAUAUCAUUAUGACCGUCUGGGUAUAUAUUCGCGCGCCACCUGGCUUUUUGCACGACACUCAAUCAACCGUCAGUCGUUUAACGAAUUCGCCAACGUACGGAUCCUUGUCUUGUGACGAUAAGCUUCUCGUCGUGUCGUUUAAAUAACGGUUUUACAUCACUGGCUUUACUUAAUCCAGUAUGAGUUUCGGUUUAAUGUAGCCUUUAUAUAUAUAUAUAUGUGCAGCUUGGCAGUCAGUCUGCUCUACUUUGCCUUAGGCAGGAGAGUUGGCGCGACACUCAUUUGUUCAAAAUAAACUUGAAAUUUUGUAUCUACCGGAGUUAAUGUCAUCGUAAAUUCUAAGUGGAAAUGCCAGGAAUUUAAUUUAAGCCCCGCCAGCCUGUUACGGGAAGAGUUGGAAAUUCGCAGAGGCGGUAGUGAAAAUUGCGAAAAGCAAGUCUGUGCCACUGGCAGACAUGUGAAAGUGUACAGUGUUCGGUAAUAGUCAGAAGUGAUUUAAGAGGUAACACUCCCGCUUAUUUGGUAUCUACAGCCAGAAUUUUUGUGGCUAUUUGACAAGGAUAUACCCGUUCAAGGAGAAAAUAUUUAACGGAAAACAGGCGGUAAAUCUUUAGAAGAAAAGACGAAGACAGCUUUCUUUCGUCUUUAGCAGCAAUACCCACGGCGAUAUAAGUUAAUGAUUCUGGGAACCAUCUUCUAUACACCUUUACAGAAUCUCCAUCCUUUUAGCGGUUCUAACGAUUAUCCCAUGGUUGGUUGAAUAAGUCUCGGUGGCUCGGGUUAACGUGACGGAAAACCAUCAAAGCAAGUUAUUUAAGGACUAAACUCUAUCUGAAAUUCCAGUUAACAUAUGCAGCUCUCUACGUGGAUGGAGGGCAUUUUGUGAUAUAAAGAGAAAGCUUUUUUCGCGUUUUGUAUUGUGGUAGUGAUUUUAGAAUAUUUUCGUUCGAUUUUUUAACGGAAACGGAUAACAUAUUUUUUUUAUAAUUUUUGUGUAGUUAUGUUGACAGUGUAGUGGUAAAUAAAAUCAUUCAAAGUGUUGUUUUGUGGGUGUAUUUUGUUCGAGAAGGGGCCCGACAACAACAAUACGGAGGGCCUUAGGAGUGCAUUGGCCCGUCUACGAAACAGAACGGGCCCCUCACUUCCCAACCCUUCCAAUGGAAAUUCCCAAAAUAGUGAUAUCAACGACCCAAGAUCUCUUCAAUAUAACGAAGAUCGAAGCACUCCACCCGUAACACCAGCCCCUCCUACUACGCCUAAAAAAUCGAAAGUACCCCGUCACGGUGCAAUGACAGCAGCGGUGUCCCAUGCUCAAGUCACAAUGACGGCACCAACAACCCAAAGUACAACCAUGAUAGCCUUAACCAUGGGACGUCCCCCAAGUCCGGGCGGCGGAGGUGGCAACAAUUCGAGUGGUUCUGACACAGAUGGAAUUGUCAAUUCACCAUCCUCAACCGCCUUACGACGUCUUUACUUUAAAAGCGGGCGCAACGCACGAACUAGGGCACCGACGGCAACGGUGACACCUGCUGCUGCUACCAGUGCUGUUCCAAAGGUAGUAGUGAUGGGAUCAUCAUCAACUGCAUCAACGUCGGAAACAACUAUCAACACUUCCACUGAAUCCGCUUCUACGCUAAUCACAAACGUUACGGCUACAGACACUUCUGAAACAUUCGACUCCCUGGACAUGGGCGAAACCUCUGGACAAAGUGAGCCUCUUCUCAGCUCUUCAUUAGAUGAACCGCCUCAGACAGCGCUAGCUUUUCCAAAUGAACAAACUGUUACCGAAAUGGAACUGAUAGGAUAUUCUAAAAUCAACAAGGACCCUUUGCUGAAUCAGAAAGAAGAGAGCGCGGAAUCAUCACUUACAACGACUGUCGCACCUUCUACUUCGCACACAAACAAUAUGCCACGUACCGCACCAGUAACUUCUUCCGUACAUUUUCCAUUCGAUCCUCCACCUUCUCCAAAAAGUGUUCGAACUACUGAAAAAAGUCAAAAUCUGUUCACAUUUGACGAUGCCGCAAUUUUAUUGGAACAAAAAAAGUAUCAAAAAGGCAAAGAGGUCAAUCAAGACCAACAACUGCAGGAUAAGAUGAAGUGGACUCAACAGCAAGAUAAAAUAGAAAAGAAAUAUGGCCGAUCAGGUAGCCUCAGUGCAGAUAUAAGAACAAACGAAAUUGAAAGUGUGCACUCUAAAGAGCCUGAUAAGAACAAAGAGAACAAAAAACGUAAAGAUUCGGUAACAAUGGCUAACAGUAGUUCGAAAACUAAUGGGUUUAGUUAUCCAAAGCAACCUGUCAAGGAUAACAGUUUGGAGUUGGAAGAUGCCAAGAAACAGAAAAGGGAUGUCAAGUUAAAAUCAAAGUCCAAUCGAUAUAGUUCCGUCAAGACAAGCCCUCGGAAAGAAAAGUACUCAGGGGGCAAAAUCCGUUCCGCUCCUGCAGUACAAAAUAAAGAGAAAUUCUAUGGAUCUCAAAAGCACACAUACGACAAAAAGGAUUUAACUAUGUUUCCCUUUGACCGAGAGGCUAUUGAUUACGAAAGAAUCCAAAGAGAAUGUUUUGAAGUGGAAGAAGAUCCAGAAUUUCCAUAUGAUGUUGAUAGUGACUCUGACACCGACAGCGAUGAUUUAUCGGUUUAUGAGCGCAAAACUUAUAGCUCUCCUUCAAAGUCCUCCCGAGCUGAUAUCUUCCAGCAAUAUGCUUUACUUUCACAAAAAGAGACCAAGCACUCACACGAGCGCCGCUCAACGAAACGUAACCGUCCUGAUCUAAUCCACUCUAGGUAUGACCAUAUAGCGAAAGCCGAUGCCUUUUCCCCUAAAGUUGCCGAAACACCUGCUGCAAAACCCUCUGGUGAACUACACAAAUUCGAUCAGAUCGCUUCAAAAUUCGACCAAAUCGCUCCAAAUUAUCAUCAACUCCAUGGGUCCAAUACAAACUUACAAUCAUCCUCGAUUGCUACAAGCAUGGGACCGACAAGCACCUCUGGUGGCACACGGUCUACUCCACCACUGCCAGAUUUUCGUGUGGACUUUUUCGCAGAACAUGCUGCCGCUUUUUCGAUGCAUCAUCAUCCACUGUCGCAUCAGCUUCAUCAUCAGUACCAUCAGCUGCAACAACAAACUCAGCAAUCAGGCCAACAGCAUUCUCAGAAUCAUCAUCCAAAUAUGACACCAUUGCUGUCAAACGCAGCAUCCCAAGCCCAGCAGCAAGCAUCGCAGCAACAAUCUUCGUCGCAUCUUGUAGAUACUUUGGAAGAUUGCCAAAAAUUAUCACAAAACACCGGAGCUAUAAAUGUAACCGCCAAUCCAUUGGAAGCGGCAGUUUGUACGCAACCGCGGGCUACAAUAGUCGUUCAGCAACCAUCAUUAAGUUUGGAUAAUACAGUGGAAACGCUUUUGUUGAAAAACGAGGGAGACUUUAUCAGUGUUGAACAAGCUAAGGAAUCACGCAAGAAAAAACAACAAAGGGAAGACAACAUGAGGCAAUUACUGGAUGUAACAAAUACACUCACAUCAGAGGAGCUACGAGAUUUUGAAAUGCGAUACGGAUCGCCACACCAUUGCCGAUCGCAGUCAGUAAAAACUCCAGGAAGUCGUGCUUCUGGUCGACCAAAUCAGUUGAGCCUUCCACAACAACGGUCCAGGGUGGCUUCAAUGCCCAACACUGGAGUAGAGGAGGAAUACUACAGGCUAAGACAUUUCUCAAUAACCGGAAAAGGAGUGGUAAACCGUGGCGAUUCCCUGAAGAGCAGACGUAGCCGCUCCAACAAUAGUGUAGCCAGUUCGAAUUCCAGUACAGAACACCUAACAGCUAAUCAAGUUCCUGUGGUUGGUUCGGCACGAACAUCAGCUACUUGCAGUUUGGCAUCAAGUAGGGAGAGUAGUACAUCAAAUCCAGGAAACGGACCAUAUAGAGUAUUGAUGUUAGGCGAUGCUGCUGUAGGAAAAAGUUCUUUAGUUUCUCAGUUCAUGACGUCUGAAUAUCUUCACGCUUAUGAUACUAGUAUAGAUGAUGAUUCCGGAGAGAAAUCAGUGUCAGUUCUUCUCAGUGGUGAAGAGUCUGAAUUAGUUUUUAUUGACCAUGCAUAUGCAGAUAUGACGUCACCCGCUUUAUUGUUUUUACAGCCAGAAAAUUGCCUGUCUAGCUACGACCCACACGGCUACUGCGUAAUAUAUUCUUCAGCAGAUCGAGGAAGUUUUAUGUUAGCUGAAAGGAUAUUACAAACAUUGUGGACAACAGAAAAUAUAGCACAAAAGGCAGUGAUUUUAGUUGGCAACAAAGCGGACCUGGCAAGAAGUCGAGUUGUUACCUCAGAUGAGGGUAAAGCGAUGGCUACAGCCUAUGAUUGCAAAUUUAUCGAAACUUCAGUUGGUAUUAAUCAUAACGUUGAUGAGCUCCUAGUUGGACUUUUAACACAGAUUCGUUUGAAACUGGAAAAUCCAGAAAAGUCAAGGGAUUUAUUUAGAAAACGAUCGUGCCGAAAGUCAAAACGAAGAGCUUGCUCACCGUUGGGUGUUGCGGCAACUGCUUGCUUAACUGGUAAUGGAGGAACGAAUCCUAGCACACCAAUGGGACCGCCAACAAAUCUUAUUUCAGAAUUCAAUACUCCACCUGGCAGUGCACAUAGCAGCCCACGAAAAUACCGCGGAUCCCGGACAUCGGCUAGUCUUAAAGUGAAAGGAUUAUUGGGACGAGUAUGGGCACGUGAUUCAAAAUCAAAAAGCUGUGAAAACCUUCAUGUACUGUAAAAAAGAAAAACAAAUGAACGAGAAAUCAUGAAAACAGAGUGUUGUUUACCUACAGCGCGUAACUUAAAUCGUGACAAGGUCUUUCGCACCAGCGAUUACCAGGUUGAUCUUAACUUUGGUUUCGAAUUAAGAUGCCACCAGACAACUGAAUAAUGUUCGUUCAUACCUAAAUAUGUACAUUAUAUGGACAAAAAUAAUUGCGUUUAGCAGUAUUCCACACACUUUUUUAAAUGUAUUAUAUUCGUUAAAAUGUUUUAUUUUCAUUUUUCAUUAAUUCCAAUUAUCUUUUUUCACAUUAAACGACGAACAACAAAGCAAACUUAGACAAAUUGUUACAAAAACUUGAGGAAGUUGACCAUAACUAAUUAGUCAUAUUUUUUGUUUGUGUUGUUUCGAACGAGAAAAUUUAAAUGUAUUUUGUAUGUAUUGAUAGAAUGUAAAUAUUCUGAAUUAUGCGUAUUAUAUGACUUAAGGUAUAGCUUUAAAUUUAUUAUAUAGAACGAAAGAGAUUUUUUAUACCCUUAUGUACUACGUUUAAGAUUAAGCGGUGAUAAACAAGAAUAUUUUAGUUGGUAUUUAUAAAAUAAGACCCAUAAUGAUUUUUAUAUAAAAGAAUUAAAUUUAAA